AGCGCGGCGCCGUCGCGGCCGUGACGCGCUGGCCGGGCCGGGCCGGGCCGGCCGGGAUAACGGCAGCGGCGGCGGGCCUGGCCCUGGGAUGGCGAUGUUCCGCAGCCUGGUGGCCUCGGCUCAGCAGCGGCAGCCGCCGGGCGGGCCCGCGGGCGGCGAUAACGGCCUGGAGGCGCAGUACAGCUGCCCCAUCUGCCUAGAGGUCUACCACCGGCCUGUGGCCAUCGGCAGCUGCGGCCACACGUUCUGCGGGGAGUGCCUCCAGCCAUGUCUGCAGGUGCCGUCCCCUCUAUGCCCCCUGUGCCGCCUGCCCUUCGACCCCAAAAAGGUGGACAAGGCCACCCACGUGGAGAAGCAGCUCUCGUCCUACAAGGCGCCCUGCCGGGGCUGUAACAAGAAGGUGACACUGGCCAAGAUGAGGGUGCACAUUUCCUCCUGCAUGAAGGUCCAGGAGCAGAUGGCCAACUGUCCCAAGUUUGUCCCUGUGGUGCCCACGUCCCAGCCCAUUCCCAGCACUGUCCCCAACAGGUCCACCUUCACCUGCCCUUACUGUGGCGCCCGAAACCUGGACCAGCAGGAGCUGGUGAAGCACUGUGUGGACAACCACCGCAGCGACCCCAACCGUGUGGUGUGCCCCAUCUGCUCGGCGAUGCCCUGGGGUGACCCCAGCUACAAGAGCGCCAACUUCUUGCAGCACCUGCUCCACCGGCACAAGUUCUCCUAUGACACCUUUGUGCCAGAGACGAAAGGACAGCUCUUGCUCUGAGUGCCCACCCCUCCCACAGACUCACUGGGCAAGGACUACAGCAUCGAUGAGGAAGCCGCCUUCCAGGCCGCCCUGGCCCUGUCUCUCUCCGAGAACUGAAGGCGCAGCCCGGCCACUGGGACCAAGCCUUCCCACCUCAAGGAACAGGGCUAUGCUGGCUCUCUGUGGUCCAGCGCCUGCACUGGAAUGCACCUUGUGGGCCAGAUGGGGCCUCCAUCAUUGCAGGCGGAGAGGCAGUCCCCAAGAUUGCCAGGGUCUGGGAGAGACCACUGUCCCCUCGCCGUCACAGGAUGGCCGCCUGUGCUCCUGGCCGAGCGUGGCUGGUUUCUUCGGUGCUUCGGGCCGAGCAGACGUCCCGUUGGGACUGAGGCAGUCGGAUGUCUGUCUCUCUCAAAGCCAUGAUGUCCUCCCCGUAUGGAGGGGAAGCCCCGGUGACACCCGGCCGGCCGCCAGCGUCUGGCAACACAACCCCCUGCGCACCUGGUACUGGCUUUGUGAUAACUAGAAAUUCUGGCAUUUUUCUAUAUUAUCCAGUGUGAUAACCUUUUCACAUUUUAUAGAGCAAAGACAAGCAGUUACUCUUCAUAUUGCAAUAUCUGUGUUUGACUAGGAACAAUAGUAUUUUUAUGGAACAUUUACAAAAUUAUAUUUUUUAAAAAAACAAUAAAAAACAAACAGUUGUGGGAUCGAGCUGGGGAGAGGAGGAGAGAUAGGGCAAAUGCUGGAGCCAAAAUGAACUGUGGGGUUUCGCGUAUGUACAUGGGACGGAGGUGGCCACAUCCCAGGUCAUCUCAGGUGUUUUCCAGGGUUCCUGUGGUUGGUUUGUCAUUUCCCUUGGAUAACAACCAGGAAGAAAUCCCAAUGCCCUGGCCCAUGGCGGUGACCGCUGGGCUGUUCUGGGACCUCCCCCUGCCUGGGUUCCUGCCCUCAGACGCCUUUCCAGAGCUGACCACAUCCCGCCUCAGGCAGGGCCACCCUCAGUGGUAGCAGAGCUCCUGGGGGAACCUGGGGAGGGGCCUUGUGCAAUGGUGGGCCAGGCCAGAAAAUGCUGGUCAGUACUCUUGUUUGGUUCAUGGCAUAAAUUAUUGCUGUCUUUUAAAAAAAUUUAAAUAAAAUGUUUCAAAGCAUCUAUA